GGCUCAUUCCAUUCUUAGUCUGACCUCUACUUUGUCGAGGUUCAUAGAGUGUUCAUUGGAGAUGAAGAGAUGGAUGGAUCAACUUGUUAUUGAGGGAUUUAAAAUGUUUUGUUUUUGUCCGGCUUCUGUUUUCGUAUGAGUUUUCCACUUGGCUUAUUGUUGGAUUAUCUUUUUGAUCCAGCUACAUCCUCUACAGGUGAAGCUCUGUUAGUUUGUCCACAAGUCUAGUUGGUUUUAGUUAAGACCAUGAGUUCUGCUAACUCUAGCAUAGGAAUUGACCUGCUCCAGGUCAGGAUUGAUUCCUUGAGCAACAAAAUGGACAGGCUCAUAAGUAUCCAGGAAAAAGUGCUCAGCCGACUCAACGGCAUGUCUAUGGACAUUGAUGGAAUUGAGAAAGACGUUGAAACUCUGAAAGUGGAAAAAGAGGAGAUCCAUUUUCCUCCAGUUAUCCGUACAGGACCAGCCAAUGAGAUGAAGGAGAUGUGCCAAGAAAUGAACAGCAUCAUAUUGGCAGUAAAUCAACGUUCGGAGCAGCAAACCCAAAAGCUGGAGGGAAUGGAAAGACUGGUGAUGAGCAUUCAACAGGUGGUCAGCUUUAUUGGAGAAACUGUGAAAACAAACAAAAUCAUGGAUAUUAUGUUCAAAGGACCAGCUUCUCGGAAAAGUAAAGUGGCUUCAGCCUUUAGGUCCAAGGAGUGUAAGAUCAAACUGAACAGCAAGUGCCAGGCCUCAGAUAACAAUGAGCCUGUCACUAAAAAGCUACGAGAUCACAAAGUUAAAGAAGGGAAGUUUCGUCUGAGCCUCAAAGGCCUCAAAGCACAGAAAAAGAAGAAACCACCUGAUUCAGCUGAAGCAGUCUCUUUGAAGAAGCAGGCACUGUUGCUUGAAGAGGUUCAGAAACUAAAUCAAGAGAAUGCAGAACGCUCUGAAGCAUCCCAGCAUCUGGAGAAAGGUGUGCAGAAAUCAGAGGAUGGCUUGGUUACUCCAAUUCAGCAGGACCUUAUCCUUGAGGAAGCCAAGCCUCUUGAACCUGAGCAAGAGAAGAGUUUGAAAGAAGAAAAUGAGGUCACUCUGGAUCUGAAAGAAGAUGAGAUGAAAGAUGCAGAGCCCAUGAUAGAGGAGGUCCAAGCUGAAACACCUAGUUUAGUGGAAGAAGAGAGUAAGGAGAUGCCAUCAGAGACCACAGGCAUACUCAAAGAUCAGGAGGUAGAGGGCACGGAGGACCAGACAAUUACCAGUGGUCUUUCAGAACCUGAUAUUACUGAUAUGGAGCCUGCUACGCCAACUGAGAACUCAGUGCAAAGUAUUGAGUUGGAGCAGACAGAUGAGGUGACAACCAGCAGCAAAAGACAUGUGACCGAAGAAGAUCUGGGUUUGGAGGACCACAAGAAGAGCAGGGUUGAGGAGGGAAAAGACAAGAGUGAGGAGAAGCCACAGGAACCUGAAGAUCUGUGUGGUGUUUUCAAAGCUGAUGGUGUUGAAUUCCACCUGGAUUUCAGCAAACUGAAGAAGGAGAGCUAUGAGAAUGAAGAUGAAGAUCACAUUGAUAAUUUCUUCAUUGAUUGCACCCCCCCUCCAGCAGCACCCUUCAACCACCGUGUGGUGUCUGCCAAACCCAACCAGAUUAACAACUUCUACACUAUCAACCGACAGGAGGUUCUUGGAGGCGGUCGAUACGGUCAGGUGCAUAAAUGCAUUGAAAAUUCCUCUGGACUUACUUUGGCUGCAAAGAUAAUCAAAGCUAGGAGUCAAAAAGAAAAGGAGGUGGUGAAGAAUGAGAUUCAGGUUAUGAACCAGCUCGACCACGCUAACCUGAUCCAGCUCUACGCCGCCUACGAGUCCAGGAACGACAUCAUCCUUGUACUUGAAUAUGUUGAUGGAGGGGAACUCUUCGACAGAAUCAUCGAUGAGAACUAUAAGCUGACGGAGCUCGACACGGUGAUGUUCAUCAGGCAGAUCUGUGAAGGCUUGCGCUACAUGCACAAAAUGUACAUCCUCCAUCUGGACCUAAAGCCAGAGAACAUUCUGUGUGUCAGCAGACUCACAAAUAAAGUCAAGAUCAUCGACUUCGGACUGGCCAGGAAGUAUCAGCCCAGAGAGAAGUUGCGUGUGAAUUUCGGGACACCGGAGUUUCUCUCUCCUGAGGUGGUCAACUAUGAUUUUGUGUCGUUCAACACGGACAUGUGGAGCCUGGGCGUCAUCACGUACAUGCUACUCAGUGGUCUGUCGCCCUUCCUCGGGGACGAGGACAGUGAGACCCUGAACAAUAUUUUGGCCUGUCAGUGGAACUUCGAGGAGGAUGAAUUCUCAGAAGUCUCAGAAGAAGCCAAGGAUUUCAUUUCCAAACUCCUCGUGGUGGAUAAAAGCUGGAGGAUAGGAGCCACUGAAGCGCUGAAGCACCCCUGGCUGUCGGAUCCAGCCGUUCACUACCGUCUGCAUCAGAAGAAAAAUAGAUGCCGCUCGCGCAGAAACUCCUGUCUGCCUCCACCUGAGACUUAAUGGACCAAGCCUGCUGAGGAACCAUGAGGAUUACUGGACAUUAUAUUACACACAGACACACCGCUUUCACUGAAACUUCCCCAUUAACAUCCAUGACAUUUCUGGAAUUACAGCUAUGUUUAACCAUUGAUCCUACUCAGGAAUUUGAAGUGUAGAAUUUCAUCCCGCUUCAUAAAGUUCCUGAUUUGGGUUUCAUUCACUGAUUCUGAAAUAAAGUAGAAAUGAAAAUGGGCAGUUCACAUCAAAAUACAAAAUCGAAAUCAUUAAAAGUAUUAUAUGAUAUGAUUAAAAAACAUAUUCGACACUAAUGGAAGGUGUAAGCAGUAAAGCAAAAAACAUACUUGAACCAUAAAGCAAUCUUAAUCAUAACCUGAAGUAACAUUUUACCUAAAGUCUUUAUAUUUAAUGCAUUAUAAAAAAAAAAAAAAAUUACUUCUAAUGAGCUUUAAAUGCAUGAUCUCAUGUAACUACAGUUAUAAUACUUUAUAAUACUCAUCUAUCCAUUGUUUCAGCUUUAAGGCAUUAAACAAAUAACAAACAAACAUUCAUAUAUUGUAAAGCAUUUAAACUUUUGUUACAAUGAUUUAUGCAAAGAUAAAAUGAAUUACAAUGCACACAAUGGAUACCUUUAUAAAUGCAUUUUACUGAAAGGCUUUACGUAAAGUUUUGCCAUAGCUUUUGACUAUUAUAAAUAAACUUUAGCUCCAUUGUUGUAACAUUAUGAUUUGCAAGCUUCCUCUGUAAUAAGCUGAUUUUUGAAUGCACCUAUAUAAUGACUGAAAUAUAUCUGAAUUGAGAGAUUGAGUGAAUAUUGUUUCAUAGAUUUAGUUUUUAGGUUUUACAUGUUCUGCAGAAUUGAAAAGGGAUGAAAGAUGUUAUUCUAAAGGGGAAAGCAGGAAAACAAUCAUGUUAAAGCUAAUAUAUAUAUAUUAAUGUAGUUUUUUUAACUUUAUGAUUUGAAUGUUGUGUAUCAUUGCAUUAUAUGCACUUUAGAACAUAAUUGUUUUGUGAAAAUAAUAUGAAAAUGAUCUUAAGAGAUUCAAAAGCAAAAGUAGUUUUAGAGAUUUUGUUUUAUAUGUUAACAGUGUUUUCCAUAUAAACAUGAAUAAAAAUAAUAUUGUAGA